CACCAUUUAAUUUCUUAAAUGGCUAUUAGUCUAGUCAAGUUUUCUAUUUCUUUCGGCGCCAGCUUUGACUAGGUUUUCAAAAAUGUUGGUAUAUACUUUGUUCAUAAUGGUCUUUCGUUGUUUUAAGUUGCUGCAUGGCUGUAACUAUUCCUGUUUUUAAGUUCCCUACAUUUACUUGCAUUGUCUCUCUCUUUACCCUCGGUCAGUCUUACCAGAGGAUUGUCUGUUAAUUUUUUCAAGAAUCAGCUCUGGGCUCUGUUAAUCUUCUCUACAAUUGUUCUGGGUGUUACUAGUUUUAUCCUAAUUUAUUACAUCUUUCCUUCUUGUUAUUUUUCUUAUUUGCUGCUUUUCUUUUUCUAGCUCUUUGAGCUGAAUGCUCAGCUUAAUUAUUCUAAUCCUUCCGAUUUUUUGAUAAAUAUAUUUAAAUAUCUAAGUCUCUCUUUAUGUGUGGCUUUCGGCAGGGUUCCACACAUUCUGUACACUUUGCUUUUUGUCGUUAGUUCUAAGUAUUUGGUAAUCUUCCUAUUUAAUCUGAGAUGAGGCAAAAUCUACUAGUAAUUCCCCAGUCCUUAUUCUUCUAGAAUAACAGGAUCCCCCAUAUCUCGCGGGGCACGUAGCCACCCCAAAGAAAAUCCUGGUGUUUCCCAGUCUCCCUUGCAGCUGGGCCGGGCUGUGUAUCUGGGGUCUGAACCAUAGGUCACGAGCAGAAGAUGUGUGCUGACUCUGAAAAGAAACAGACUACAGCAAGAAUGCCAUCACAGAAACAAAGACAGACUUGAAAGAAAUACUGUACCACAGGAAACGCAUACCAGACAGUGUAUGGAAGACAGGACAGAGUCCUGGAGAUGGAGGGCAGACAGAGGAGGUCUGAGAUGGACAUAAUUGAAAUCUCUGCAGAAGGAAACUGAAACAAUAGAACAGAACAAAUAUUUAAAGAUUAAAGAAAACUUGUCGGACAUAAAAGAAGACUUUCAUCAACAGAUUGAAAGAAAAAAGUGAAACUGGCUUGCCACACUGAAACAUACCCUAAUAAAGAUAUAGAUAAAAUUUGGGGGCAGCCAAGAAAAGAGAUCAAGUCUUCCUUUAAGAAGGAAAAAAAAUGCAGUUUUCCUCAGACUUUUCCAUAGAAAUACUUGAAGCCAGAAGGCAGUAGAAGGAUGCCAACACAGCCCAGCUGAAAGAUAAUGUGAACCGAGAAUUUCACACCCAGCCAACAUUUGGAAUGAGUGAGAAUCAGGGGAAGUAGUUUGAUCAGCCCCCCUUGGGGAGAUUACUAGACACAAGUUUCAGCCAAUUAAGAGAUGACUGGAAAACCCAUUUAAGGCAAUAGACAGGAUAAAUAUGGAGUUUCCGUAACUGCAGGACACAGACGACAGCUCCUGUGGAGAUGAGGGUGACAGAAGAAAACUCAAAGACUCAACGGACGGGCUAGACGGUGGCUGAGUCAUGAGCGAAGGGGAUUUGUGACCUGGAAGAUGGGUCUGGAGAAAUUACCCAGCCAGCAGAAACACGAGGCUGGUCAGGGAACGCCUCCGAGAUAAGGCACCCUGUCCACAUGGGCGAGGUGAGGAGACAGCCUUUAAGCAGAGGAGGGAGUCCUCAGGCGUGAGAACGAGGACAGGCUCCAGUGACACAGGGAACCGGCACAGCUCGAGUGGGACAGCCCCCAGGGAGACGCGGCAGCCGCCCUGAGCCAUCAGGGGAGUCACGCAUGGGGCCACUGCCACCUCCAGCAACUGGUCCCCACCAAAGAAGCCACCUCAUCACCUCGUCACCCAACAGGGAAGCCCCCCCACAUCAGUGUCCCCAGUGGUGGCUCGGCACCUCCAAGGAGCAUUUCAGACCCUCACUCCCCAUCUGAAUGCCCAAGGAGCUAUUACUACUGUAAUUAGAAACAUUACAAUCCCUGCAGUGUGAAUGGGAAAGGUCAAAACAGAGGAUCCCCAAGGAAGCAGAGACGGUGCAAGGAGGGGAGUAAAACUUCCCAGACCCUCCAACUGUUAUUCUGAGAGGCACAGAAGAAGAUGCGGCUUCUCUGCCUCUUCGAAACAAGAAAAACACGCUGCAAGAGAAGACCAGAGGACAACGAAGAGCACUGGCAACGAAACACGUGGUGGCCAGCACAAAAUGUUAAUAGCAGCAUGGGAAGACGAGGAAACCUCCCAGAAAGCAGAAGGAAAGGCACAGAGAUGGAAACGGGAGAGAGGAGGAGAGAGAACAAGACUCAGGCUCAGAGGACGGACGAGGGGCAGAGCUCCCCGACGGAAGACCAGAGAACAUGGAGGAGAGAAAAUAACAAGAAAUCACAUCGAGAACAUCCCAGAAGCCAAUGGAAAGGAGAUGCAGCAGUGGGCCCUGCCCUGGCAGGAGACGUGGGACACCCCGGCCGAGAGGACCCCGCAGGCAGAGAGACCUGGGCACCUCCCUAGGCUGCCUGCAGGUGCUGUGGCUGGCUCGCUGUGGCUUGACCGACCUGGAUGGCAUCGGCUCCUUCCCGGCCCUCAAGGAACUCUAUAUCUCCUACAACAACAUCUCGGACCUGAGCCCACUGUGCCUGCUCGAGCAGCUGGAGGUGCUAGACCUGGAGGGCAACAGCGUGGAGGACCUGGGGCAGGUGCGGUACCUGCAGCUGUGUCCGCAGCUGGCCACACUCACCCUGGAGGGCAACCUGGUGUGCCUGCGGCCAAGCUCUGGCCCCUCCAACAAGGUGCCCCCAGGCUACAACUACCGGGUGGAGGUGAGGAAGCUCAUCCCCCAGCUGCAGGUCCUGGAUGAGGCUCCAGCCACGCACACAGGCCUGCCGGCCUCAUGGAAGCUGGACCGGGACUGGCACAUGGUGAAGGAGGCCAUCAAGGAGGGCGGUGUCCUGGACGGCCUGCUCCCCAGGCUGGAUCAUCCCCAUGGAGCCCCCAUUCGGAGACUCAGCCCCGAGCUGUCCUUGUCCGAGACCCAGCCCCAGGCCCCUAGGUUCUGGCCCCUGUCCCCGCUGGUCCCUGGGGGACCGCUGUCUGAAGGCCUGCUUCCCAAGGACCCAGCCCCAGAAGGCGAUGCCAGCAACCUCACCCACGGCGCUGGCCGAGUCCUCUGCGGGAACCCCACCAAAGGCCUGCGGGAACGUCGGCACCAGAGCCAGGCCUGGGCACCCCCAGAGCAGCUGCCCCCACGCAGGCCAGAAGACCUGGCGGCCAGUGCCUCCACUCCAGAGCCUGACCCUUUGGAUGACCAUGACCUCCUGUCUUGGGCUGGGCUUCGGGCCUGGAGGGAGCUGAGCCUGAGGUGCCUGGAGUCCCAGCAGGAAGGGGCCACAACCCCCCAGUGCCCACGGAGAGGCCCUGAAGAGCAAAAGGACCAGGCUGGGCCCAAGACGUCCCCCAGCCCCCUGAGCCCCACCCCAGAGCCUUCCAGGCCCUCGGGCUGGAACCUGAUCCCCUCUCCCCCCAAGGUCCCCAUGCCACCUGAUUCAGGCAGCACCUCCUGGGGGUCCGCAGACCUGCGGUUCCGGCGGCGGCGGCUCAGAGCCCUAGGCAGCGUGGGGCCUGGCCUGGGUCAGGGGCUGGCUGCAGUCACCACUCUGAGAGCCCUAGAGAUGGCCUCAGGCUCGAGCCCUCAAGCCCAAGGAUGUCUAGGCCCAAAGCCAGUACCAGAUCCAGCAGCCAGACCUCCAGGCCUCCGGUGCAUGCCACACCUGAACCCCAUCACCCCAGCCCAAUCCCACCUGUAAUGUAAACCCCCCUCCACUGCCAAGCUGGUCUGGACUUCGGCUGAAGGACCUCACUGUGGUCGUGUGAGCACCAUGUGAACUCUGGCCUCAUAGAACCCAGAGCAUCUGGGCGGGUAUAUUAUGCAGUGCGAAGCGGGCCUGGCACAGGAGAGGCCCCUCUUGGUGAAGAGGAGUAGGGUUUGGGACCACCAAGGGUGAGCACAGGCCAGAGCCCAGGAUAGGAUGGCCAGCUUCCCACUGCUGACCCAGCUGCCCACUCCUGCCAUGGGGCCUGGCUUCCCCAGGGUUGGUCAGAGGGGCUGGCCUGGAAGAUCCCUGGUUGGGCCCAACCCGGUGGCUGGAGCUGGGCCCCAUCCACUCCCUGGGAGGCACUCCAGCUGCCCCAGGGCUCUGAGCCCACCCUGGGCUGCUGUGGUCCCAGGUGGAGGCACUGGCCCUAGACCAGCCACGGUGUGGCCAGGACUCCCACCCCUGGUGGACCUGUGGGGUUCUCUCUCGGGGCAGGAUAUCCAGACACAGAAACCAAGCAAAUCAUUUUCGACUCUCAGGUGUACAGAAUGCGGUUUACUUUGUAGGUGAAGUUGGUUGAAUAAAUUAUGCAGCUGGCA